AUGUCCUUCUUCACGGGUCUUUCCGGAGACAACCAUAAGUGCAUCAAAACAGAUACUCCAUUCAGCUUGUCCUUAAAUGAUUGUCUUGCUUGCAGUGGGUGUGUAUCUGCAGAUGAGGCCCAUACUCUCCCGGUAGAUACCUCCUUCAUCCUGGAUCUGUCUGUACGGACCUCAUUUAUUCUCUCUCCCCAAUCGAAGAUAAACAUCUUUAAUAUCUAUCGGAUAGGAGAUAUGAGCUACAGGAAGUUCGAGUCUGCUCUGUCUUCCUUUCUCAAAACUAAGUUCAAUAUAUACAAGAUAGUUGAUACUUCCUGCAUGAGAAGCCGGAUCUAUGAAGAAGUAUACAGGGAGUAUCUGACUACAAACCACCUGGUGAUCAGUGCAUGCCCAGGGGUUGUCACAUAUGUCGAGAGAACAGCUCCACAUCUCAUUGGGUACUUAUCAAGAGUCAAGUCUCCUCAGCAGAUGGCAUUCUCUCUUGUAAAAGGAAGCAGAACAAUAAGUGUGAUGCCAUGCUAUGACAAGAAGUUAGAGAAUGGGAGGGAUGGUGUUAACUUCGACUUCGUCCUGGCCACGAGAGAGUUUCGGCAGGUGCUUGACGAGCUUGGAUUUGAAGCAUUCAUCAAGUCAAGGACCAUGAAUCUCUGCGACAUGGAAAAGACGGAGAUAUCACAGUGGAACAUUGGAACAAGUUCUGGAGGAUAUUCGGAGUCCAUACUUAGAAGAUACUGUUCUAUAGAGGUAGUGAAAGACAGGAAUGGAAUAAAAGAAUAUGUAGUAGAUGAUGGGAGCAUCAUAUCGCAGAUAACAGGGUUGGAGAAUUCCAUAAACUAUUUCAGGAGAAGUAAGAUUAAAGGAGCUAGAUACAAGAUGGCAGAGAUAUUUCUAUGCAAGAGCAGCUGCAUUGGGGGCCCCGGACAAGAAAGGGUAAAUGACAUUGAAAUGGAUCUCAAGGAAUACAACCUUUGUGGAAAGGAACAGCCAGAUAUCCAUUAUUUGCCAUCUGAGUUAGAAGAAAAAAGGACAUUUAAACAAGUAAAGACAAGAAGAGUAGAUUUCAAGGUCGAUUGGUGA